CUCUAAUGGCCUUCACCUUCCUCUCAAUCCCUCACUUUAUCUCUCCUCAACCCAACUUUCUCUCUCUAAAACCCCAAUUCGCUGCUCUCCGACCUUUCCUCUCUACACUCCCUUCGCGCCCGCUCAGACCCGCCCACGCAAUCGGCCCGGACGGCAAGUACUACCCGGACCCCUCCGACGACGACCCGCCGGAAGCCCCCGAAGACUCCGGCCACGGCGUCUCCAAGUUCCAGCAAAUCCAGCGCCAGGCCUCCCGCCACCAGAAGCUCCAGGAGGCCGACUUCAAGAAGCACCAGAACACCAUGCUCUCCGCCAUCGCCGACGUCGAGGACCCGCCCGACAACCCCUCCGCCUCGUCUGCCCCGAGCUCCGGCGACGAAUUGUUCGGCGACAUUGACCAGGCUAUUGCCUUGAAGCGCAAGGAGUUCGUCAAGCAGGGCCUGCUGAAGCCAAACCCUAAAAUCGAGGCGGCGGCGGCGGAGGAGGAGCUGGAGGCGGAGGAGGCGGUGGACCUGGAGGAGAUCGAUGAGCUUCAGGAGCUGGCGAAUGCCGGCGAGGAUUCGGAGGAGGAAGGAGGUGAGAGAUUUGAAUCAAAGGUGAGUGAUUUGGUUGAGAAUGAUGAUGGAGUUUCGGUUUCGACUUCUUUAUUUGAUAUGGAUUUUGAUAACUAUGGUAAGACUAGGUCUAGAAUUGUUGAGCCUAAGUUUAGAAUGAGCUUAGCUGAUCUUUUGGAUGAGAGUAAAGUCGUGCCGAUUUCUGUUUAUGGUGAUUUAGAGGUGGAGAUAACCGGAAUUCAGCACGAUUCCAGGGUGGUUAGCGCCGGGGAUUUGUUUGUGUGCUGUGUUGGGAGGAAGACCGACGGGCAUUUGUAUUUGAGUGAGGCUAUUAAGAGAGGAGCAGUGGCUGUGGUAGCUAGUAAGGAGAUAUAUAUGGAGGAAAGCUUGGGGUGCAAGGCAUUGGUCAUUGUGGAUGAUAGUAAUGAGGUUUUGCCGGCAUUGGCCGCCUCGUUUUAUAGGCAUCCGUCGAAGAAUAUGUCAGUGAUUGGGAUAACGGGGACGAAUGGGAAGACAACGUCAGCCUUUUUGAUAAAGGGGAUGUAUGAAGCGAUGGGAUUGAGGACAGGGAUGUUGAGCACGGUUGCGUAUUAUGUACAUGGAGACAAUAAGUUGGAGUCGCCUGAUACUACCCCGGAUGCCGUUUUGGUUCAAAAUAUGAUGGCCAAGAUGCUCCACAAUGGAGCUGAAGCUGUUGUCAUGGAGGCUUCUUCACAUGGAUUAGCUCUGUCUAGGAGCGAUGAGGUUGAUAUUGACAUCGCGGUUUUCACAAAUUUGAUGAGAGAUCAUUUGGAUUUUCAUGCAACUGAGGAGGAGUAUAGGGAGGCAAAGGGUAAGUUGUUUUCUAGGAUGGUUGAUCCAGAACGGCACAGGAAAGUUGUCAACAUUGAUGACCCAAAUGCGCCUUACUUCAUUUCACAAGGGAACCCAGAUGUUCCAGUUGUGACCUUUGCCAUGGAGAAUAAGAAUGCAGAUGUCCAUCCCUUGAAGUUUGAACUUUCCUUGUUUGAGACACAGGUUUUAGUCAAUACUCCCAAUGGUAUAUUGGAGAUAUCAUCUGGGUUGCUUGGACGGCAUAACAUUUACAAUAUACUGGCUGCAGUAGCAGUUGGGAUUGCAGUUGGAGCACCUUUAGAGGACAUUGUUAGGGGAAUUGAAGAGGUUGAUGCUGUUCCUGGGAGGUGUGAGUUGAUAGAUGAGGAACAAGCAUUUGGAGUGAUUGUAGAUUAUGCUCACACUCCAGAUGCCUUGUCUAGGCUAUUGGAUUCUGUACGGGAGCUUGGUGCAAGGAGGAUUAUAACUGUAAUCGGAUGUCCUGGGGAGAGCGACAGAGGGAAAAGACCCAUGAUGGCGAAGGUUGCAACAGAUAAAAGUGAUGUGACGAUACUGACAUCUGACAAUCCGAAGAAUGAAGAUCCAUUGGACAUCUUGGAUGAUAUGCUGUCUGGGAUUGGAUGGACAAUGCAAGAAUACUUGAAACAUGGCGAACAUGACUACUACCCACCUCUUCCAAAUGGUCAUAGGAUUUUCCUGCAUGAUAUAAGACGAGUAGCCGUACGGUGUGCUGUUGCCAUGGGUGAGGAAGGUGACAUGGUUGUGGUUGCUGGCAAAGGCCAUGAAGCGUAUCAGAUAGAAGGGGACAAGAAAGAGUUCUUUGAUGACCGGGAAGAGUGUCGAGAAGCUUUGCAGUAUGUUGACGAGCUUCACCAAGCUGGAAUCGACACAAGUGAAUUCCCAUGGAGGUUACCUGAGAGUCAUUGAUCUUAUCCAAAAGGAGUGGGGUGAGUAAAGGUGACUUUCAGGGAGCAUGAUGCGCACAUGCUGUUGGUUGCAGAUGGGUUUUAAUCGUUUAUCGUUGGAAAGACACGCAUACAUGUGAACCAAGUAUACCAAUCUGGGUUUGGAGGAGUGAAUGGUGUAGAAUUUUAGUGAAGGCAGUCUGUUAGUGGCUUCUUGGUUAUGAAAAAGUGGCUAGUGAGCUUUUGCUCUCAGAAGGGGUGUACUUGUGGAGAAGGUUGAAAUGGUUCCCCCUUGGAAGUUUAUAGGUACAAUAUUUGUAGGCAGAUGUAUCUGUAGACUGUACUGUUUGUAACUGAAAUCCAGGCAGUUUUAAAUUAAUCCAAUUGGUCGGUCCAGUCAGUUUAUAUAUACAAAGUUUCUGUGUAAAGGUCAAUUUGCACCAGUGAUUGUGGUAAUGACUCAUGAUAUCUUAGUUGCUGGGGUUACAGAAGAUCAAUUCAUUGGUCACAAAGUUGUGUGUGAUCAAUGAAGGUUCAUUUCUGUAGCAAGUCUUCAUUGCUGGGGUUACCUAUGUCUGUCCACCACAAACAAGUCACCAAUAUGUUAUAAU